GCAAAGUAUAACGGGCUUAUGACACAAGGCGAUAAAGAUUAUGUCAACCGUAUUCAAAUAUCUCAAUUGGUGACAGAUGACCCAUAUUCAGAUGACUUUUAUUUUCAAGUCUAUGCUGCCCUGCGUAAUCGUCAAAACCCGAAUAUGGGAACUUUUUCACCGAGUUUGCGGUCAGGUGGUAGCGGUUAUGGCGGUCAUGGUGGAUACGAGAGAGGUCGACACCGAAGUCGCGGGUCUGAUAACGGGUUGCUCAAGAUGCAGCAGCAGUUGUUGAGAAUCGUUCAAGAUGCAAAGAGAAAGCCUAAAUUAACUCAACUAUCUCUCGAGGGAGCUCUCGGCAAAAUAACAAUAAAUUCUGUCCGUAAUCCACGUCAACUUCUCCAGGUUUCAUCGAAACACGAGCCUUCACACCAUCCCGGCACAUCUUCAGCCUCCACUCAUCAGAGGCGUCCGUCCCUUUCUUUACACGGAGCAGUUGCUCGUAAAAAGGUACUAAGAGCAAUUGAGAAUGUUUAUAGUGCCGUGUUGAAGUUGGAAGAGCUACGGAGAACUCAGCCAAACAGAUCGAGAGGAUAUGGUGGGGAGAACGAAAAGGAAGCUUUUGAAAAUUG